UUUUGAUCGCAUUUUCCCCUCUUUCAUAAUUUAUUAUUUUUUCACAUUUUAAUUCAUAAAUUUAUAAUAUAUUAAUUUAAACACGCUCAUUAUUUUAUCCUUUCUUUUUUUCAAUUGUUUUAAUUUCAAUUUCAAUUUUAAUUAAAGAUGUUAUCCCUCUAAAUGUACUAUAACCUUUCUGAAAAUGCUUUCUGCCUCUGACAGCGGGUCUGACUCUAACUUUUCCUCCAUAAAUCGUUAUUCUUUUGAUCCAUCUCGAGACUAUCUUGAUCGAUACAAUUUCUCUCCAAACUCAGAAGAUUCUAAAUAUACUGCAAACUCAAAUGGAAUUUCAGGUGAAUCUUCGGAAUGUCAUUCAGUAUCAGCAGAUGACUCUGAUGCGCAAGAUUUGAAUUCUGAAAAUGAACGUCAACGAGAUCCGAUGGCGCAGACGACUGAUCUUUUGACUACCUCAUUUGAUAUUCCCGAAUUUGACCGUGAUAUUUUGGAAGGAGAAUGUUAUUCUGAAAACCUGUUUGGAGAUGGAAAUCGACACACCUAUAAUGAUAAUUCACCUGUUUCUAGUUACCGAGUUACCUCUGAUACCAGAGAUGACUGUGAAAUUGUGGAUAUAGUUAGGGCAAAUCCCCGCGGAAACAUAAUUGACUUAGUUACCUUGGAUGAAUCAAACAGUUCAAUCGAACGUCGAAAUUCUCAUUCAACCCCUAUUCUUGUUGAAGACUCUAAUACCAAUGAAGCUUCAAGUUCCUCUAGUUCCAGUGGUCCUGCAUCAAGUGAUGAUGUGACAGUUAUACAAAGCUCUUCCCCAAAUAGUAACCGAAGAGUGAAGCGAAAGAGUGACGACUGUAUUAUGGGACCGAUUCGGUGGGUUGAUAAGAGGCAGGCUCAAUUCCCCUUCGAUUACAUGUCAAACCGACACAUUUCAAAAGCUUAUAAAUUUUUUGACACUGACAGUUCUUGGGAUUCUAAGAUCAUUGAAGACUUGGAAUUUUUGUUCAAAUGUCCUAUUUGCUACUCUACAAUUACCAGAUUCAGAUCAGGGAAGGUCCCUAAUGAAAAUGAUAAGGUUAUUUAUUCCACCAAGUGUGGCCACUUAUUCUGCUUUGAAUGCAUUGAACGUGUAAAGUCACGUCGGGAAUGUUCAAUUUGUCGUAAAUCGCUCAGGGAACGAAACCCUUGCCACGUUGUGUUCCCUUAACCCAUACAUGUCCACAUCUUAUAUUUAAACACGUUGGAUAAAUAACAAAAACUGUAUACUAACAAUAUGGCCCAAAUUAAGAAAUUUAAUUUGAUUUUAAAA